AUGGAAAAUUCACCAGUCUCAAUCUCCUGGAGCCACAACCAUCUUGAGAUUUUUUGGGUAGGAACUGAUGAUGCUUGCUGGCAUAAAGUAUGGGAUGGACAUGAAUGGAAAAGUUGGGAACCUCUCGGUGGUAAAUUUCUCAGUCGUGUGACAGCAGUGAGCUGGGGCUACGGUCGAGUUGAUCUCUUUGGCAUUGGUGCUGACAAUGCUUGCCUUCACAAUUCAUGGGAUAGCGGACUUGGCAGAUGGAGUGACUGGAAGAACCUAGGGGGGUACUUGACUAGUACUAUCCAUGCUGUGAGCUGGGGUCCAGAUCGAAUCGAUCUCUUUGGCCGCAGCAGUAGUAAUGCUUGCCUUCACAAGUCGUGGGAUGGCAGACUUGAUAGAUGGAGUGACUGGGAGGACCUGGGUGGGGUCUUUAACAGUCCUAUUCAUGCCGUCAGCUGGGGACCAAAUCGAAUCGAUCUCUUCGGCCUCGGCACCAGCAAUGCUUGCUAUCACAAGUCGCAGGAUGGUGGACUUGACGGAUGGAGUGACUGGGAGGACCUAGGAGGAGACUUUAUCAGUCCUAUCCAUGCUGUGACUUGGGGACCAGAUCGAAUCGAUCUCUUUGGCUGCAGCACUAGCCAUGCUUGCCAUCACAAGUGGUGGGAUGGCAGAAUCAACAGAUGGACCGACUGGAAGGACCUAGAUGGUGCCUUUACUAGUCCUAUUCAUGCCGUGAGUGGGAGUCCAAAUAGUCUCGAUCUAUUUGGCCGUGGAGCAAGAAAUGUUUGUCUCCAUAAGUGGUGGGAUGCUGCUGCUGACAAAUGGGUUGGAUGGGAGCCGCUAAAUGGUGUUUUACUUAGCGGCCCUCCGUCCGCUGGGAGCCAGAGUCGGCUGGAUGUCUUUGUCGUUGGAACCGACCAUACUUGCUAUCAUGGAUGGUGGGACAGAAGUACGUGGAAAGGAUGGGAGUCCCUGGGAAAGGUUUGA